CAUGUCUUUUAUAAAAUCAAACCAUAAAAACAAAGCGAAGAGUGUGAGUACCUUGUAGUAGUCUAGCUUGUUAAACUACAGAAUUUAAGUGUCUAAAGUCCGGUUCAGAUAUCUGUUGGCUGUGGAAUGGAGACUGAAGAAGCUGUGUCUGAACCAAGGCGUCUUGUUUGUGAGUUCUAUAAACUGCAAGAACAACGGGUGGCAACGUACAAAACACUAGAUAAUGCUCAUAUAGCAUACCUCCAGACUGCACCGGAUUAUGAUUUUCUGAACUAUCGGCAGAAAGUGCAUGAUGUAACAGAAGCUUUCAACCACAUUUCACAGUCUGUCAUAUCAAUAGAACAAAAGCUACGCAAUGAGCAUGGGAAGACUGCUGUGGCAGACUGCAUUGCUCAAGUCCAGGAAAUGGAAAAGAAACAUCUUGAAAUGAUUGCUGAAUUGCAAUUAGCUAAACAGAAUACCCAAGAUCUUCCAGGCGAUGAAGAUGUCAGAGAAUUGAUGGUGUUCAUUAAGCAGAGGCUGAACAAUCUUUUACAAGAACUUGCUGAGCAUCUAGAAAAUUUAAAAUACGAGACCGAAGGUUUAUGAGAUCAGGAGACGAAAAUGUUAUACCAACAUCGAUGUGGCUCAAAUAUGAAAACACAGGAUUUAGUUCUAGUAUCUAAAAUUUUUCAGGUCAAAUCUUGACUAUAAGAAUUGACCUCAAUGGACCUUUUGGUAGUGCCAAAUGGAACAGGACCAGGAACACAUGCAUGUCCUACAAACACACGUUUGCAUAUUACACUGUCAUUUUGAUACAAAAAUGUUGUCACAAGAGGGCUCACUACAAACUAUGUUGGCAUAUCAAGCAUAAAAUAACAGGAAUUUGACUGUUCACUAUCAUUUCUUUAUUCUCUCGUACAAAAUACCAAUCACUUUGGACUCCCACCAUACAGCAUAUACAAGCCAGGUGUAGAUUAACAAAUAUUAGUCAAACAUCAUUAGUACCCGCAGACACUCAUGCAAAAUUUAAAUUAAUGGGACCGGCAGUGGAAAAAUGAUAAUUUCAGCUUUUUUUUUUAUUAUUAAAAUGCGGAUUAGCUUUGUACUAAUGAUGCCUGACAGUAACAAAUGGUUCAACAAAUGUAAUCUCUCAAGUCUUGUGAAGUAGGCAUUUAUGUGACUAUUAC